AUGGAUGGUAUCGCUCCGAAAGCUAUUAUCACCGAUCAGGACAAAGCGAUGAAAAAUGCAAUUGCUAUUGUCUUUCCUGAAAGCCAACAUCGACUUUGUUUGUGGCAUAUAUUGAAAAAAAUUCCUGAGAAGCUAUCCUCUUAUACUUCUUACAAAAGUGGGAUGAAGAAUGCAUUGAUGAAAUGUGUGUAUGAUAGGCAAACUGUUGAAGAGUUUGAGAAAUGUUGGGAUCAUUUUAUCACCUCUUACAAGUUGCGUGAGAAUGUCUGGCUUUCAAGUUUAUACACUGACCGUGAGUAUUGGGUGCCGGCAUUUUUGAAGGACUAUUUUUGGGCUGGGAUGAGUACAAUGCAACGCAGCGAGAGCAUGAAUGCUUUUUUCGAUAGUAAUGUUCAUGCUAAGACAAACUUGAAAGAAUCUCCUAUAGAAAAGAGAUUUCAAGAACUGUACACAAAUGUUAAAUUUAGGGAAGUUCAGAUGCAACUUACUGGCAUUAUCGAUUUGGAUCCAAAGUUACUUAAGAGGGAUGAUGCAAUAAAGACCUAUCUGGUAGAGGACGAAGUUCGGGUUGAAGAGUUCACUAAGUUGGUUACGUUUUCUGUGGACUUUAGUGAGGAAGAUGCAGAUGCUAAGUGUUCGUGUGGUUUAUUCCAGAUGAGGGGUAUAUUGUGCAGGUACAUUUUCGCUGUAUUUAAAUGUAACGAGAUAAAAUCUCUGUCAGAGAAGUACAUUUUAGACCGAUGGAGGAAGGACAUCAAAAGGAUAUACACGUUAAUCGAUACCAGCUAUGACGCAGGGGAUCAACGGCCAGAUACAAUUCGGAUUGGAUGGAUCACAACCGGUGCAAAUUGGGUUGGAUGA